AUGCUCGAGUUGCUCGGCGGGCCGGACAGCGCCAUCCUGGUCAUCAAUUCUUCUCCGGAAGCAGCGCACUUCCUGCGGCGCUCUUCUUCUCUGGAGGCGGUGAGGAAACUCAAGGAAUCGAAGCGGAGGACGAGUCGGCGGCUGCAGCUGGCCUUCACCAAGUUGCGGAACGGCGUAGAACGCGGACACACUCCGUUUGUUUCUUCGCUGGUGAGUCCGCGAGAGGGGCGCCCGAGGGCGACGGAGACAGAGGGACGGCUCGCGGGCGGCGAGGCCGAGCAGACGAGGGACAGGGAGACACGCGAAGGCGUUGGUGGGUUUGGAGACCCAAAGCGAGAACGGCCGGAGGAAGAACGCUCUCCACACUUUGUCCUGUCGUGCACCCUGCGCGACGAGGCAGAACGAGAGACAGAGGAACUGACAACGACUGAGGAAGACAAGCAGACGCGCAAAGCCCAGGCGGGAGAGAACCGAACCGGCGCGACGGAGACGCGACAGAGAGACAUCCGCCUCAGCUUCCUGUGCCUGCUGCCGUACACGUUCCUAAGCUGCGCAGUCACCGUCUUCUCGGCGCUCGUCCCCUCGACUCUGUUUCUCGUGCGCUCGCCCUCGCUCUCACCUUGCACGGGAAUUGGCGGAGCAGAGGGAAGAGAUUGUUCCGCGGCGUCAGGCAACGCGACUCUCUCAGGCGUGCCGAGCGCGGCGAGUGGCGAGAAACACGCGUCGGCCUCCACUUGGACAAAAUCGACGACGCUCGAAGUCGCUGUCCAAGAGACUCUCCAGCAGGCAGCGGUCUUCGCCGUCAUGCUCGCCAUGUGGGGAAUUGGCGUCGUGUACUUUGCGACUCGCAGGUUCCUCAAAGGCUUCAACCUCGGGCUGAAGUUUUUGUGCAUCAAAGUGCUCGUGGUGGUUAUCCAAGUGUCGGAAAUCGUGGCCAAGUUCCGAGGGUCACCAACGUACGAAGCGGACGUCGCCGUCCUGUCGUCUUUCUCGCCGCCUCCGGAAUUCGAAGGCGCCUUUCUCGAGCUACAUCACUCCGUCUUUGAUUUCGUUCUUCUCUUGCUCGCCCUGCCCGUCACGCUGCUGGCUCUGCGCACGUUCGACCCUCGCGAGUUGUUCCGCCUCGAGGAGAGAAGUCCGGCCUUUGGCGGCGUGCCGCCUGCGGUGCGAGGUCGAGCGCAUGCAGGCGACUGGCGACGAGAUGUCGACGGAGAAGCCGAGAGAGAGCAGGCGUGA